UAUAUUACAAUGAUUAGUGGUUAAAUGACAGACGAUGAAACAUGUGAUGAUCACACUACAAAUCCUCCCCUUACGAUGUGCUGAGCAUCAAUGACAAGGCCAUCAUGGUAUUUCUCUCCAGAGAGAGUGACUGUUCUAAUGAGUCGUCCCUUACUGGUGUGGGCUUCUUUGAGCACAGUUUAUCAAAACCAGUGAUCUCCUCGGAGUUGGUGGAUAUAAUGUUGGGAGUAGCAGUCUCGUGUCUGUCUCUACUGGGUAUCAUCGGCAACUGCAUCGCAGUGUACGUGAUACGAAGAGUACUGAGGAUGAGAAGUGCACGAACUACCCGAGCAGAUGAGCAGGGCGUGGUGGUGGUGUUCCUCAACCUGGCUAUCUGCGAUCUUUCUAUUUCUCUUCUUGUCAUGCCUUUCACUGCUGCUGUUCUUUUUAACGGGCGCGAGAUGUUAUUGUUCGAGACAGAUCUCCUGAACAAGCUACUCUGCAAUGUCAGCGGGGUUGUCUUCAACUUGGCUUCAAGAACCAGUGUGUUCCUUAUUCUCUACAUCAGUGUGACUCGAGCUCUAGUGAUGGGUUUCCCGUUCAUGAAGAAGUGUUGGAAGAGCAGGAUGAACAACAAAAUUAUAAUCUCCACUUGCUGGCUAGCAGCAGCAAUAAUCUCAAUUAUUCCUUUCUUCUUUGGGAAGGAGUACGUCUACAUCCCGAUCGUGGCUUCUUGUCAGUAUCGACUAUCUGAAAUAUACGAGCCACAAGAUGACGGGGAGCAUAUAGGUUACUUGUACGUGGCCCUGGUAGUGCUCCCUAUCUGUCUGCCUGGUAUCAUCAUCUUCCUGUCCAGCUUUGUUGUCAUCCUCAAACUCUACCUUAAUUCACUGUCUUAUCAGUGCUGUCUCAGAGUAACCAGAAGCACCUGUUUGGAGAAAACAAAGAUAGGAAGGACGGUGGAGGUCAAGGCUAUGUUGAGAGAAGGUUUUGGCCGUCAACCCCGAACAAGAGGAUCAGCGAUCCAGACUCUAAUUCUAAUUAUCAUCGCAUUUGUCCUCUGUUACCUAUCCUACUGGACAGUAGCUCUUGAACAGCUCCUGGAAAUACUGGGAGUAGUGAGGUGUAACUUGUUGUUCUCACUGUUUGGAGGGGAGAACCACCUCUCCCACCACUACAUCUACCUCCUUCCCAGCGUUAUUUUACUCUUCCUCAACUGUAUUCUCAAUCCGGUUGUUUAUUAUUUUCAAGGUUCACGGUUCAAGGGCGCGUUACCCUGGAGGAAGUCUACAGUUGAGAAAUGUAACUUUCAUCAUCAUGAUGAUAGGCUGGUGAGAAGAAAAAUAAGGUACACAGAUGUUAUUAUUCAGUUUUCUCACACCCCACAAAGAGUUACCUCUUGUUUAUGGGUCGAUGACAACGGGAAACGGCUUUCUUUGACUGAUAAGAUUCAUGAGUUUGCUGCAAACAGGCGACAGAGUAUGAUGACAAGGGAAUUGGAAGCCAUGAGGUCCGCAGAGGAGGCUAUAUUCGAGGAGGCAUUUGGUUCAACGUGUUCUACAGUGGUCGUGGAAAUGGAUAAGGUGAACUUUUUAGAUCGGUUGAAAUCAUCGGGUGAGAUAGACAUUGUUGAAAGGGAUUGUCCCGAACAGCCAACUUAUCCUAAGACAAGUAAACAUGCUAACAAAAAGAUGAGUAACGCUUUUGGUCAUCAGUACCCUCGACCUCGGAGUUUGAGACUAAGAAUGGACCCCUUCGUACCUCACGAACGUGAGGGUAAUGAGCCUUUUCCUUCUGAGUGUAGAGAAAAAACCAGUCAUCCUCCUAAGAAUCAGACUACAGGCAUGAAAUCCCUCCCAAGACCCCGUCAAGAGAUAAGCAAACCACCACCAGCCCCUUCAGAACGGGAACGGCAUUCCAUCGCGGCCAUUCCAAUGAGCAGCAAACCACCCACAUUAUUACCACACUCCAGGCAACACUCUUCUCCCGUUCUAACCAAGUCCCAGAAGACCCCUCAAACUGAGAGGAGGCUGUCUCUGGCAGUACUGCAACCAAGGGAGCUGAAGCUGUCAAGUCUUGAUAGGAGUCCCGGGGGUACCUCCCCAAACACGACCCCCAUGAAGUCAGCUCCUCCGUCCCCACUUGUCAUGCCAUACAAAAGAAACAACGCACCUUCAACUACCGCUACUAGCAGUAAAUCGGCCAACAAAGCUAAAAGUUCCAACAAGUUAGAAACGGAGAACCAACCUGCCAAUUCAAAAGUUAAGGGCGCCCCAAAAAGAAGGCAUUUUCGUCCGCGAGGCAAACCAAUGAAGCUAGUUGUGAUAGAGGAUCCCCGGAGGUCUCUAGGGGCGUGCCCUGAACUUGAGGAGGAGCAAAGUAUUAUUUUCAACCCCAAUGACCUGAAAAUAAGUAACUUCUGACAAAUAUUUGCUUUUUAUGGGCUCACCUCUCAACAUUUGGUACCAUGAUCUAAUUUAACCGGGAUUAUAUAAAUGUACAAUAAAGUAUAUAACUGUUUUACUGUUUAAUCCUGUUAUAGUUACAGUGAGUUAG